CAUGACCGUUACUUGAGCACUUGCUCUUCUCUCUUCUGUCUCUCGCCUGGGAUCGAGUGUGCAGACAUGUCUCACCGCAAAUUCCACGCACCGCGCCAUGGACACAUGGGGUUCCUGCCCCGAAAACGUAGCAAGAAGCAUCGAGGGAAAGUGCGCACGUGGCCAAAAGAUGACCCGACCCAACCUGUCCAUCUCACUGCCUUCUUGGGCUACAAAGCCGGCAUGACCCACACCCUGCGAGAGGUGCACCGCACUGGCCUCAAGCAAUCAAAGCGAGAGGAGGUGGAGGCGGUCACCAUCAUAGAAACCCCUCCAGUCAUCGUGAUGGGCAUUGUGGGAUACAUUAACACAGUCCGCGGCCUGCGUCCCUUCAAGUCCAUCUUCGCCGAACAUCUCAGCGAUGAGUGCCGGCGCAGAUUUUACAAAAACUGGCACAAGAGUAAGAAGAAAGCCUUCACCAAGUACAGUAAGAAGUGGCAGGAUGAUGCAGGAAAGAAGCAGCUGGAUAAAGAUUUUUCCCAGAUGAAGAAAUAUUGUUCGGUUAUUAGAGUUAUUGUUCACUCGCAGAUGCGCUUGCUGCCUAUAAUGCAGAAAAAGGCUCAUAUCAUGGAAAUACAACUAAAUGGGGGCAGCAUUUCGGAUAAGGUGGACUGGGCAAAAGAGCGGCUGGAGCAGGCUGUGCCUGUUUCUGCUGUCUUCUACCAAAAUGAGAUGAUUGACAUCAUUGGUGUCACCAAAGGUCAUGGCUUCAAAGGUGUGACAAGCCGCUGGAACACAAAGAAGCUCCCAAGAAAGACUCACAAAGGCCUCCGGAAGGUGGCCUGUAUUGGAGCAUGGCAUCCUGCCCGUGUGGGCUUCACCAUAGCUCGCGCUGGUCAGAAGGGCUACCAUCACCGUACUGAGCGCAACAAAAAGAUCUAUCGUAUCGGUAAGGGUGUCCACAUCCAGGAUGGAAAAGUGGUUCGGAACAAUGCCUCCACCAGCUACGACAUCAGCCAGAAGACCAUCACUCCCAUGGGCGGCUUCCCCCACUAUGGUGAAGUAAAUAAUGACUUUGUCAUGGUGAAAGGCUGUGUGGUCGGCAGUAAGAAGCGUGUCCUUACCCUCAGAAAAUCUUUGCUUGUGCACACGUCUCGCAAGUCCUUGGAGACCAUUGAGCUCAAAUUCAUAGACACCACUUCCAAAUUUGGUCACGGCCACUUCCAGACCGCUCAGGAGAAAAGAGCGUUCAUGGUAAGUGUGAGAAUCUGGAAGGGGACAAUGUCGAUAUGAUUUAUAAUAACAGCGACGACCAUCAAGUGCACAUUUCCACCACAUAACUGAACUUUCUGUUUUCUGACAAAUGUUGAACUCUUUGACACUAUGU